GGUGGUUGUGUGGUUGGUGGGAGGGUUUACUGAGGGUGUUGGACAGAGUAGUGAAACUUGUUCCUGGUUUUUGAAAAAAAAGGUCCCUCCUUUCAGGUGCGUUUCACUAAACUAAACUCUAGAGCUGAGAGAACACGCUUCAGAAGUCUUUUACGGGUAAGAUAUUAGUCCUUUUCAUGACAACUAUGAGUAUUACUGGAAUAAGUAUAAUUAGAGGUUAUGUAGAUAUUGUAAGGGUGACAGUAUUCCACCUACAUUUGUUCCCUUUCCAUGAUAAUUUUUAACACAAAUCUUAUUUCCAUUUGGUUCUCCCCCGCUAACCAUUGGUAUGAAGACAAUUUAUAGAUGCAUUAUUUGGCAUAUGUGAAUCUAUUAGUGCAGUUUACAUGUGAGACGUCCGUUUGAUUUGUAUCCGUUUCCCUGCAAAUGAAAGUGGAGAUGAUUUUCUCCAGGUUUCCCCUCUCUAAACUGGUUAUUGCACAGUUACUUAGUGAUGUAAUUAAAGAGCCAGGCUUCCUAAUGAGCUGAGCAGAGUGAGCAGCCAUUCUGUAAUUGUUGAGAAUUGCCUUGAAAUCUUCCUCACUACACACAGGCUCUCAGGCUUUUCUUACAUCUGCCAUUCUAAACUGGCUGUUUAAUACCUGUGCGUGUCGUGUGUCAUGAGGCAAACGGCCAACAGAGAAGAUUAAAUUACUGUUGAAAUGUGAAAAUAAUGUUCUCUACUGUAUUUGAUUCUGAGAAAAACCUCUUGACAAUGAGCAGGGCAUGUUGUAACAAAGAGUUAAGGUUUUCAGAGGGACACUUACAGUAACUGUAUUCUACAGUACAUUUUUGGACAGAAUUGGAUCAGAUAUCAAUACAGAUCCUCUUGGCAUUCCAGGGGGUCAACCCCAAAUGUACUGCUACACAGCAGUCUGACUGAAAGGCUUAACCCUGCUAGUCUCUGUAUUGUAGAAAUAAAGAAGUACAUAUCAGAACCACUCCAAAAUGGCAGAGUCAGCCGAGGCCGUGGUAGCUAACCUGAGCAGCAAGAGGAAUGUCACCAUUGAGAUCACCAAUCUCACAAACAACUACUGUCUCAUAAACCCAAAGUGAGUACACACUUUACCAAACUAUUGUUAUUGUCACACUGUACAUUCAAGGAAAUGUUGAAAGUAUCAUGUUGUGUGUGUGUUCUCACUAGGGUAUUCCUGGAGAGUGGGGAUACCUACAACCCUCCCCAGCCCACAGUGCGGCCCCUAAAGACCAAUAUCUGCACAUUCAGCAAAUCAAGCGCCAAGGCAACGGGCAGCGUUGGCGUUCUGACCUAUGACCUCUUUGAGAGGUCCCGGAACGACUACAUCGAGACAGUGGCCCUCAUGUUCGCUGUGCCCUGGGACUACAACAUCUACAAGAACUGGUUCGCUGUGGGCAUCUUCAACAAGGGCCGAGCCUGUGAUGAGUCACUGUAUAAAGAGAUGUACUAUGAAAAAAACCAGAAAGGUUUCAUUAGAGAGGAAGCCAAUGGCUCAGGGAUCAACUAUGAAGGGAACCACCUGGACAUCAAGGUCACCAUGUCCCCCAUGGGCAGGGCCAUCAUGAAGGUGGAGGUGUGGGACAAGCUGUUCACUCCCAACCAGCAGGCCUACUAAGGGGAACCUCCAGCCUCCACCCUCUUCACCAGCACUACAGUAUACCUCUGUUGUGUUGUACCUCUGUGCCAAAACCAAUCCAUCCACCAUUAGAUAUUACUACCCUGCUAUACUGCUACUGUCUGUCUGUAUGCAUGAUUUAACCCAUGUUUUGUUGCUGAAAUGUCUGAAUUUCAAGACAUUACCUUUCAGUAAAUCUGCUUAAGAUCACAGUUUAGUUUGUUUAUGAAUCCAGGCAGAAGCGAUAUCUUCUAUUUUCUGUAGAAGUCACUGUUCUCUUCAUCUCUCAGUACCAUCCUCUUUCAACUGGCAUCUUCUCUAGAAAUGUAAAUCAAAAUGACUCACCAGAGGACGAGGGUGCAUAGCUUACUUAACAACAUAUAGCCAGGAGCUGUCUCUGUCUGUAUCUACUUAUGGCAAUAAUAGUCUAUGGAAUAAAUGUUGUUGUUUUGCUAAAGCUAUUUGUGUAUGAUGAGUUUCUCUCUAUUGAUUGAGCCAGGAAAAAUUAUGCAACAUUGUCCCUGAAGGAAAAUUAUACAGGCUUUUAAUGGAUACAGUAUGUAAGGCCAAAAUACAUUUUUCAUCAAAAAAUUUUUCCUAUAUAUUUUUUAUGCUUCAAGGGGUCUUAAAAUUCCAAAUCAAAU